AUGUCCUCACCACCCCGCUCUGGGGGCGGGACCUCACCAACCUACCCAUCCCAAGUGCCCUUACCUAACAAUCCACGCAAACGACCAUCUCUACAUCUGCAACAAAGUCAUGGCCCUCAGAAGCGCAGAAAGCAAGCCUCUAUAGCCUCAGGCGCCUCUUCCGCACACCCACUCCGUCAAACAUCCUUCCCCCCCAACGAGAUCGCAGUUGAAUCAGCACUCCUUAGCCCUAGUGUUGAGAGCGAUAUCACAGGCUUCACAGGCGAUGGCGUUCGUAACGCCAACACAGCAACGAGCGCUAAGGGAGGGAGGAAGCGGGGGAAGAAAGGCAAAAGGGAAGUCAGUGCGAGCGUCAAAGGCAGGGGCGCUCAAAGUGAGCGAAGUGCUACAGGGGACAUUGCGGAUGAGGAAGACGAAGAUGAGGAUGGAGGAGAAGGCUUGAUGGACGAUGGGGGAGAAAUGGACAAAGCGGCGGAAAAGAAGAAUUUGAGCGUGCUUGUGGAUGCAUUCAGUCCAGAACAGGCGGAGCGGUACGAGAUGUUUCGGAGAGUCAAAUUGAAGAAAGAGACGGUGAGGAAGAUUGCAAACUUUACGCUUGCGCAAUCUGUCCCACCAGCUGUAAUCACGACGAUCAACGGUUAUACCAAGACCUUCGUAGGUACCCUGAUUGAAAGGGCAAGAGAAGUGCAGCAGCAGUGGGCUGUUAUCGAGACACCACCAGCAACCCCAGGAGCGACGCAGAUUCCUCCCGAUCCUCCCGAUCUCGGUGUGGAGAAACCAAAGAACAAUAGUGCCAUUCGAAGAGCAAGUAGCGGAUCGAUUGAUCCUGAGCUGUUGUUCGGAGAGGAUGUAAACGCAGAAGAGCACAAACCACACGAAGAUCUUGGUCCUCUUCUUCCUGAUCAUCUGCGAGAAGCUCUGAGACGGUACCGGCGAGACGGCGAGGCAAAUAGCACUGGUUUGACUGGGUUCAGUGUCGGUCUUGGUGUAUCAGGGACAGGCUCCGCGCGGCUGCAGGGUAGGAGACUCUUCAGAUGA